AUGGCGUCCCAUGUGCAGCAGCCCGCCGCCGCCGCAGCGGAGGCGCCAGGGGCAUCGAGCAGCGGCAGAAGCCUGGUCGCACACCCAAACGUCCCACUCCGCUACAGCGUCGCAGAGGCAUCUAGCUACAGCGGCAACUACCACCCGUCCAACAUCCUCGUUGACCGCCCUCACGACCUCACCUCGCGCUGGAGUGGCGCCAGCGUCGUCAGCAUGCAGAGCGUCCACACCAACCAGUACAUCCUCCUGCAGCUCGACCGCCCCGCCGUCGUGCGCAGGAUCCAGUUCGGCAAGUACCACAAGGCGCAUCCGUGCAACCUUGCCGAUUUCAAGGUGUACGGCUGGCCCAUUACGUGGAUCCGCCUGCUACGCGCGGGCCUGCGUAACGAUAACGUCAAGGAGGAGUUCGAUCUGCGCUGGACAGACGAAGCUGGCAUACCCUUUGCGUGUCGCUACAUCAAGCUGGUCCCCCUCGCGGCGCACCAGCCCAAGUUCAACUUCUCGGUGUGGUACAUUGCGCUGAGUGGCGUGCGCGACGCGCCGCUCGUCGCCUCCGUUGCGCGUGCGUACGGCCUGCAUGCUGAGGACUGUACUACGCGCCUCAUCCUCAAGCACCUGCGCGAGCGCGCGCACUGGCACGCGUUCAAGGCGCUCCUGGCGAGCUCGGGCAUCGGAAAUGGCGUCUGCGGUGAUGCGGUGCUCGCGCCGGAUGGCGCAAUCGAGGUGCAGCAGCACCAGCAGCAACAACAGCAGAGUCGCAGCGCGUCAGCCAAGCAGCUGGGGCAACAUCAAAGACCGUUCGAGCAUCCGCUGCUCACACACCUCUUCGACAGCCUUGUCAAGAGAGGAGCAUGGGAUGAAGCUGAGUCUUGGCUCGAGAGUGCUGCCUUUGGCCUUGACGCGCCAGCCCUUGCGUCGUCUGUUACCGGUCUCCACGCGCCCACACAACAGCCGCAGCCGCCGCCGCUGUUCUCCGCAUACCUUUCGCGUACGCUCCCGCGCCCACGUUGGCAGCCGAUCGAGCCCGCUGAACCCCGCAGCGCCGAUGCGGACGACGCGCCGUCCCCCUGCGGCCGCGGCGGGCACCAGAUGUGUCUGGACAGCGACAACGGCAUCGCUUACAUGUUUGGCGGCUGGGAUGGCGAGCGCGACCUCGCCGACUUUUGGGCGUACCACAUCCACCAAGGCACCUGGCGCCUCAUCAGUGCUGACGCUCAGGCACAGGGCGGCCCCGGCCCGCGCAGCUGCCACAAGAUGUGCUACUGCCCGCGUACCGGUUUCAUCUACGUCCUCGGCCGCUUCGUCGACCAGGAUCGCCAGCUCGAGCUUGCUGCUGUCUCCACUGUAGCCGCUGCAACAGGGCACAGCCCCGAUUUCUACCGCUUCUCCACCAGAACAGGUCAGUGGACGCUGCUCAGCAGGGACACCGCAAACGAGGGCGGCCCUCGGCUGCUGUAUGACCACCAGAUGUUGGUUGAUCACGAGUCGCAGCUGCUAUACGUCUUUGGCGGGCGCGUCAUCCACCCGGCUGACCCGAACAGGAUCGAGCUGUCCGGCAUGUACCGCUACGAUGUCAUCGCGUCCAAGUGGGCCUUCCUCUUUGACGACAGCACGCCAGCGCCGUGGCGCAUCCCAUCGCGCGUCGGGCACAGCAUGCUCAUCGACACGCGUCCCAGCGGCCAGCGGCAGCUGUGGAUCAUGUCCGGCCAGCGCGGCGAUCGCUACCUCACCGACAUGUGGCGCUACGACCUCGCGACGGGCAAGUGCAGCGAAGUCACGCGCGACUACCUCGCCGACGGCCCACACGCAGGCUUCACGCCGCGCGCUGCGCUCGACUCAAAGUCGCACGAGAUCUACUACUUUACGGGACUUGUGCAGCGCCGCAGCUCCAAUGAGCGCCUCCGGAGCUCCUUCUGGAUAUACCACAUGGACUCGAACACGUGGUCGCUUCUGUACGAGUACGGCGGGGAGCCACAACCGCGCUACGCGGCGCAGAUGGUGUUCGACGCGCCGCACUCGACCUUCUAUAUGUUUGGAGGCAACCCGGCCGACCCGCAAGCACCCAGUAUCCGUCUUGACGACUUUUGGCAGCUCACGCUCGUCCGACCGUCGGUGGAGGAUGUGCUGCGCCAAGCCAAGUUCCUCGUGCGCCAGCAGCGGUUCUACGAGAUGACCAAGGGCGGCAAGGGCGCCGGCUUCGCGAGCCCGACCGCCAUGCAGGCGCUCACGUACCUCCAGACUGAAGUUAGCGCCGUCGUCAACCACAGCGACGAGGGCGAGUCGACCAUCUUCCGCAAGCUCAUGAGUCAUUUGCUCACCAGUGGCGGAGGGGGCGGCGGUGCCAACGGCAGCGCCACAAAUCCAACGUCCCCUCCGCCACCCCACGUCGAAGAAGGCCGGCCGACGGAGCUGUAUCGUCAGCGUCUACGCUUGUUCAACAAACUGCUCAAGUUCUUCCCACCAGAUUGCUGUGAGCCAACUGGUGACCUUUGCAAUGCAGUAGCUUUGCUCUCAGCUCGGUUUGCUGGCAAAGCCUAG